GACGUCGUUCAGCUUUCCAAAACACUGCACAAUAUAAGAGGCUUAAGUGAAAAGUGAGAGGAACAUCUAAGCACAAUGAUUCUGGUACUAAUCACCCUCGUCAGUCUUAGCACCCAAACGGGGAAAGCGUUGCGGGUGCAGCAGCCGUACCGGGUGGUGGCUGCAGACGGGGAGGCGAGGCUGCGCUGUUCUUACCGUGUAGGGGGCUCCCCUGAGGAGAUGCGUCUGGUGCUCUACCGCGGCAAGUACGGCGAGGACCAGGUGUGCUUCUUCACCUUCAACACCAGCCAGCCCCACAUACAGACAGACGGCCCCGUUCAGUGCAGGGGGGAGAUCAGCCCUGGCGGAGUGGAUCUCACCGUCUCUGGUCUGAAGGGAGAAGACACUGACCUAUACCGCUGCAGGGUGGAGGUCCUCUACCCACCCCCUUACCUCCGCAAAUUUGGGAAUGGCACCAUCAUCUACAUCCCGGAGAGAACGGACUGCCCAAACACGGAAGCCCAGACGCAGGGGGAGUAUGACAGCACGCGAUUCAUCCUGCCCAUCGCGGCGUUGGCUUCCUUCUUCCUCAUCAUCAUCAUCAUCGUCAUUUCCACCUAUAAGUUCUUCAUUAUGAGUCAGAGGAAGAGGAUGUACCCACACAUGGUACCAGUGAUGCCAAAAAGAGUGGAUUGCAGAUUUGGCUAUGAAAACUUCCUGUAAACCAAGAAUUUGAUACGUUACUGGUCGUUAUAUAAAAUAUAGAAAAGAUUUUAUAAUUGUGUAACUACCAUUUUUUAACAUUAUAUGUUAAUUAUUGUAUUAUUUUUUUACCAUACUUUACAAUGUGAGGUUUCUGAGUUGCCUACUGUAUAUGUACAGUAUAGGUUUUUCAAAUAGGAUGGGUGGAAUAUGUGCUGAUAUGUAUACAAUGUAAUAUUAUGGAAUGUAUUUUCACAUUCAAAUAGCAUGAUAUUAUAUGACUUAUAUUAUUUAACAUAUUUUUGCUGUCAUAUUGUCAGUAUAUAAAAACAUAUUUUCUUAAUAAUUUAAUGUGAUAUUUCCAUGAUAUGGGUCUUCUGUGACCAUGUAGCAUUUUCUUAUGAUGUUCUGGAGUUGCCAACUGGUAUGUUUAUAUGAUCCAUCACAGUGAUCACUAACUUCCACUAGAUGGCAGUGUGACACCCACGCCGCAGUCAAGAGUAGCAAAAGGAGAAAUGUUUUGUUUGUCAUCGUAUAUCUCAUGCUUACUGUUUGACAAGAUCUUUAUACCGUUUCAACAGUUCGUGUAUAAAAAUAAAAGAAACACUGAAUGGCACAUUAA